AUGGUCACGUCUUUGAAAAAGCAGGUCAGCAAGCUCAACGACCCAGACGCCGCUUUGACGGAUGAUCAGAAGAAAGACCUUGAACGCAAGAGGAAGUUCUUGGACGAGUACCAAGCCUGCAAGCUCUUCGACCCCAGGAAGAGCGAGCUCCUCACCUUGUGGCAGGGCGACAAGAGCUUGAAGACCUGGGCCGAAGCGACGGUUCAGCACUCCGAGCAGACAAGCCACUCUUCGCAGAGCAAACAGAGUUACGGCACACUGUACGAUGUCGCCAAGAUCAUGAACCUGGACAUCUCGCAGCCCCCGCAGAAAAAGCUCCUCGACAAGGCCCUCUUGAAGUUGGAGUCGGACGACCUCUGGUCCGAAACCAACCCGCUCGAGCAGACCUACAAGGAGGAAGGCUUGAAACGUUACCACUUCUCAGUGUUCCUGGGGAACACUGUGGAUCAUACGGUCAAGGACGAGGCAAACCUCAAG